CACCAAUCUUCUUUCCUUAUCCACAGGCAUCGGAACAAAGUAGAACCAGCCACCAAAGCAACACUGACCAAGUUAAUAUUAAUGGCGAAAACUCGGGGAAUCGGUCUACCAUAAAGGAAACCGAAUAUUCGCAAAAAUGAAGCAGAUCCUGCACCAGUCCCUGAACCCACAACUUCCAAUUCUGCAACCUCCUCCUCCACCACCGCCAGCCACCGGUCUUCCCUUCCAAGUUCCAAGACCUCAUAAACUCCUUCGGCGGGACCUCGCCGUCGCUGCUGCCUCUACGCUGCCCCUCCUCGUCUCCACCUUCUGGUACAGGCAGGCGAAGGCUGACGAAGUGCCUACUUCCACCACCGACUGCAGCGCCCAAACGAUCACAGAGAAAGCCUUCCUUGAUGUCUCCAUCGACGGCGCGCCCGCCGGCCGGAUCACCGUCGGCCUCUACGGCGAUGCCGUCCCCUUCGGCUCCUCCAGGUUCGCCGACCUUGUCACCGGCGCCGCUGGCAUCAGCUACCGGCGCAAGGAGUUUGUCAAGAUCGUUCCCGGUUACGUCCAGCACAGCGGCGUGAGAUCCUACGGCGUCGACGUCGAACUCGCGAGAAGGGGAGGCGGCGGCAAUUUGGCGGCGGAAAACCUUGUGGCGGAGUGGGAGUCGCUAAGCAAGAACUGCUCCGGCACCAAGAACGCGGUCGGCUCUCUAGGACUCAUCAUCAGAGACCCGACCAAACCGCCGCCGAAACUCAAGCUGGUUGCUAGAGAAGGCAAGCUGGAGAUCGACGCAGAGGAGAUCCGAAAGGACCCAAACGGGACAGAGUUCGUCAUAGUCGUGAAGGACUCGCCAGAGCUGGACGCGUCGACGCUGGUGAUAGGGAGAGUCGUGGAAGGGAUGGACGUGGUGGAGAAGAUCUCCAAGGUGAAGACCGUACAAGAGAAUACCAGUUCCCCUUAUUUCAGGGUGGCGAAGUUGAUCGGAGAUAAAAGGGCAGUGGUCGCGGAGAGAGGCUUUAAUCGCCCGUAUGCCAAGGUUGUAGUCACCAAUUGUGGCUUAGCUAGCGGAGUAGAACAAUAACUUGCUACCUUGUUUUUGAUUAAUACUAUCAUUUUUAUCUCCAUUUUGUUAUAGAAAAAAAAUGGAAAUAGGGAAGUCUUGUUCUGUCUUGUCCAA